GAGAAUUUGACUAAUCUAAUGACAUUAAAUCUCUCAAAUAAUCAAAUUGAUCAAAUCAAAAUUGAUGAUUUUGAAAAUCUAAAAUCAUUAAAGAUUUUAGAUUUAAGCAUAAAUUUGCUAUUUAAAAAAUUUAUUAAAAAUACAAAAGAAAAUGAAGAAGAUUAUGAUAAUUACAAUGAAGAGUUAAUUAUUGAAUAUUUUGAAAAAUUACCAAAUUUAAAAUAUUUAUCAUUAGAAAAAGAUGUUCUAGUUGAAAAUUUUAGGAUUCCAGAAUUUGAAUUUAAAAGAACAAUUUCUGAUAAUAUAAGUCUUUAUUCUGUUGAUUGAACAAAAGUUGAAAAAAAAGACAAACUAAGCAAGAAAACAAAUCAUCAAAUCAUCAAAUCAUCAAAAAAUGAAGUUAUUUUAGACUAAUAAAGUAUUAUUUUUUUGCAAAAUGAAUAUAUAGGUCACUGCUUAUAUAAACCGAAAAAAUGCCAGAAAAAAAGUGGAAAUAAUUUCAAAAAAUUGGUUUACAAUCACAAUUUGUUUUUGGUUAGUAGUAUAUGAUACGCUAUAGCUUCGAGCUCUUCUCCAAUAGAGCCUUCUUGAGUGUCUGGGGAUACACACCAGGGCCUGU